AAAUUUCACGCGUACUCAGUAGACAAUUGAAACUAGGCCUUCGUAAAGCGGCGCUUUGCCCUCGCGUGUAGAAGAGUGGACUUCAGUCGAUUACGUUGAGCUUAUGUAUCUGCCCCUCCCUCGAUUGUGUUGGUCACUCCCUCGGCCCGGGAAAUAGAGGUGAAGUUGGUAGCCAUGGACCUCAUUCUGAACUGUCACGGCGUCUUUGAGCGGACGCAAACUCUGUCAUAAGCAACUGACAGACCAAAGGGGCGUGUCAUAGUUUUAGCAUUUGUUAGUAUCGGGUGUCACGAAGAAACAUUUGCAAUGGAAGAGGCCUCGGUGGCCGCGCCCGAGCGGCCGCAGGCUUUUCAUCUGCCGUUCGAAGUGGACGGCGACGGCGACGGCGACAGCUCAGGCAGCCGGGUGCCCGGAGAAUGCGAAGAAAAUAGUGGAUAUUCACAUUUAAUAUUCAAAAGCUUUAUGAUGAAAUGGUGCGUAAUCAAAAACUGUACAGUCUAA